AUGGCUACCAUUUCGUUUAUCAUUCUUGCAAUAUUCUUUACAUUUGUCUCAUCAAGCAAUGAAAAUAAUAUUGUAAUUACUAAUUCUGGUUCUACAAAUACUGCUGGUUAUGUAAUUAACGUACAACCUAAUGGACGUUGCAGUUGGAAAGUAACACCUCAUGGUGCUCAUCUACUUAUGUCAACAACACCAAGUAGUACAACUACACAAACAAGUAUUCAACUUUCAUCAGCUCGUACAAAAAAUAUGUUUCAAAUUGCUCAAGAAGCUCAACCAUUUAAUCAAUAUCCAUCUACCGGCUGUAUUAAAAGUGUUUCAUUUGGUACAACACUUCACGUAGCCUAC